AUGGAUUACGAUACCAAGGACAUAUGGAGAAAAUAUGGAGAAAGACCUGGACUUUUUCAUAUAUCUUUGAAUGCCUCACAGAAUCCACCAGCCCAACUACUGACACACAGAAUAAAAGUUAUGGAAAAGUUAAUCCGGAAAUUUCCAGAAGGAUUUUCACGUCAAGCAUCUAGAAAUUUACUUGGAGUGUGCUAUUUCUACAACAAUGAGUACUUGAAAGCUGUUGAGACAUUUCAAGAGGUUCUUAAAAUCGAUCCGAAUUCCGUAACCGCCUCUGCAAAUCACGCUUUUGUUUAUCAGAGAUUAAAACUAAGUUCCAAUUCCCAAAAGUAUUCAUUUGAACUUGGAUCAAACGAAGUCGAAAGACAAGGGAUUGCGCUAGCAGAUCAAGCUUUUGCAUUUAUCUUUGAUUGUCAUGUAGAAAAAGAUGUUCUGGAAAGGAAUAAAGUACCCAAAGAUCUCCUUGUUCAAAGUCUGGUAAAGCUUCAAAAAAGUGACCGACAAGACAUUGUCAUGGAGAUAAACUAUUGGUUGGGUAAGACAUACUACAGCCUACUUACACAGUGUGCAAGAAGAAAGGGAACGGAGGCAAUGGCAAAAGAAUUUUAUAUGAAGGGAAUCGAAGCAUUGGUAAAAGUUACGGGAUUAAGAAAACAGGGCGAGUUUACGAAGGAGUUUGUUUCCACAGCAUGGGCUUUUCUUGGUCUUUUCCUGUCCAGAAGAGGAACAAUUAGGGAUGAGUCUGGAAAAUGGAAAGUAAAAAUCAUUGAGCAAAUGGACGAUGACAUCAAAGACCAUUUAAAGAAACUGGAUCUGUUUGAGUAUUUAGAAACCCCUGAAGAUUGUUUUAAAAAUGGUCUUGAGUGCGUUAUCAGUGCAAAUGAAGAAUCAUGCGAAAAAUCAAAACCAUCCGCAGAACUUUUAAUUCGAUACGCAAUGUUCCUAAAAUUUAAAGAGAGGUAUGAAGAAGCUUUGGAAAAAAUUAACCAGUCUUUGGAGAUUGAUGAUAGCGAAGGAAACUGGUUUGCUUGGACAGUAAGAGCAGAUAUUUUAUUCAAAUUAGGGAAAAUAGACGAAGCAAUUAAGGAUAGGGAAAUAGCAUGUUCAUGGAAUGCAACUUCUCACCAUCUUUGUGAAUUGGCUAAAUCAUACCAAGAGAAAUACAAGUCAUGCAAAGCAACAAAUGAAGAAAUGGCAAAUGAAUUUCUUUUGAAAGCCUCUGGAUGUUUUCUACGAGCAGUUCAAAGCCUUAGACAGGAGAAAAGACCAGAAGUGCAUCGUGCUUAUGGAAUAUUCUUACGCGAAAUAGGAGAAGUUAGAGAAGCUAUAGAAUGUUUUAAAAGAGCGAUAGAGGUAGACACCGCUAACAGAGCAACGGCAAGCUUUACUCAAUUAUUUGAAACACUUCUUCAGCUCUAUAAAAACUCUAUUCUAUUAGGCAAAAAUGAAAGUGAAAUCUAUAAAUUAUUGCAUGAAAUGGCCUACUUCUACGAUGUGGCGUUACGAAAGCAUGAGCAAUUGACACAUGAAACCAAAAGGUUUCUUAAAGAUUAUGAAGUAGAAAUGUCAGAUCUGACAGCAUACUUUCAGCAUUACAGAAAUGAUUCUUCGAUGCAAAUCAACGAAAAAAGUAUAUCCGAACUGAUAACUUCAACAGUUGAGCCUGAAAAUAUUGAAAAAUGGAAUGAGAUGGUAGAGAAAAAUUCAACACAUUUUGACGCCCGAGAGAAAUCAAGAAAGUCGUCGGAAAAUGCAGAGGGCGUAACUCUCUGUUUUAAAUGUAAAUCGCGGGUCGGAUAUAGGAGACAACUCUCUGCUUUUCCUGUGCCGCCCGAAAAACCUCGAAGUAUACGAUAUCCGUACGAUUUCUACGUCAUAUUUUCACCACUUGACAGAGAUUGGGUUUGUCACGUAUUAUUGCAAACUCUAGAAGUAUCAUAUGGAUAUAAAGGCGCCGUAGCGGAAAGGGAUACCAUUCCAGGUUCGAAGGAUUUAUUUGAACGCAUAUCCUUCAUUCAGAACUGCCCUAAGAUACUCGUAGUUUUGCGCACAGAGUUUGAAGACUAUCCUGAAUGUAACUAUGAGUUGGCUCAUGCUCUCCAUAGAAUGAACGAUGGAAAAUCGGAAAAUUUAGUGAUCCCAAUAUGCCGUACCAUUAAUGGUAUGCACCCAAGCCUUAAGACUAUAACAUACUUGGAUGCAGUAGAUGAUUGUGAUUGGAAUAAGCUGAUCAAGGCAUUGGAGCUGAAAUGA